UUUACGCUUUAUAAUAAUUAAUUUAAUUUUAAUAUUUGUGAUGUUUGAAAUAUUUUAUAUAUGAUUUAAUGAUAUACUUAUUAUUUGUGGCAUCAUUGGUAGUUGGUUCAAAUGUAGUAUUUUAUCAUGUAGUCAAAAUCAAAUAAUGGGUGCAUUUAUGAUUGUUUUUUAUCUUGGUAUUGCGAAUAGAUAAAAACUUAAUUAUUAGAAUGCAUGUAACUAUACGCAGGCACAUGGUCGAGCUAGCAUGACAGAGUUAGAGCAUACCAUGAAGACAAUGUAUAUGGACCGGCCCUAUACAAGUAUGGAUGCUUCAUGGGUCGUACCUGACUUAAACUUCAAGCGCUCGCGCACAAGUGCGAGCACCACAUAGUCUAUAUUGGUGCACUCAUGUUUUAGGGAGAAAUGCGCCAUGUGAGAGGAAUAAGCGGCCAUUUGUUUGCUAGGUUUCAGGUCCUUUGAUUCACACUAUCGAUUGUGAAUGGAGAAAAAGCAUUUUGAACGCAAAAUUGGAUAAUUUAUUGGGAUGUUUCUAGGUUUCUCUCAAUUCCAGGCGGUGGGAAGAAAGAGGAAGGAAAGGGGGAGAGUGGUGAGAUACAAAACUCAGAGAGAGAGAGAGAGAGAGAGAGAGAGAGAGAGAGAGAGAGAGAGAGAGAGAGAGAGAGAGAGAGAGAGAGAGAGAUGGAAGAACAAAUGGAAAAACAAAGAGGAUUAUCGAGGACCCGCUAUGCAAGUGUAGCCAUCACUGUCUCAUCCAGCCUAAUCCACACCCCUGUUGAUAUGACCUCGAGGAUCUAAGCCCUUGAGAAUGAUUAACUUAGCGGUGGAAGGGUAAUACUUGCUGGCAUCUCAAAGCAAACCCGUCCUUCGCCGCUAGAGCUUCGCCGACUAGAGAAGGAGUUCGCCUGAUCGAUCUUCUCUCCCUCCGCUAGAGGAAGAAGAGGCGGACUUUAGCAUCUUCGUUCGAUGGGGAGGUCGAGUUUGGGGAGGCUGGGAGAAGAACGAUGGGAUCUGGGGUUAGCAAAACGACGUUGUUGGUCUAAGUGAACAAAAGGAGAAAAAAAUGUGGCCGAUGGAUUCGAAUGUUGGGCUCAUUAAAAGGAAUGGGGGCAUAACCCAAUGGGCAACGGGGGAAAUCCGUCUCUCAUUUUCCAGCAAAGGAUGUUUUAUUGUUUCCGCCCAACUGCCUCUUUUAUUUCCCGUGAUUUUUUCCAACGAUAAUGAAAUUGCAAGUGAACAUAUUUCUUACAAUUUGUUUUUAUUUUUUAUUUUUGUUGUCACAUCAGAAGACAGAAAACAAAAUGGCAAGUGAACGAGGCAUAAGAGAGAGUGAGAGGACAUAUUUAAAUGAGGGGGCAAAUGAGGUAGUGUGAAAUAAUUGUCUGUCUGCUUUGCUUAUUGGGUAUUCUUGGCUCUGUGAGUUUUGAUUUAUUUUAGGAGAUGACAUUAUAUUUGAUAGAUUUUUUCCAUUUCAAUUAAGGGUCGUUUGAAAGUUGCGAUUGUUUUGUUGAAAUUGUUACUAUACAUGUAUUGUUUAGAAUGCAUCAUUUUUUAUAUUUUUUAGUAGAACCAAUACAUGGAUUACGUAUGUGAUGUGACCGAAACUAUCAAUCAAAAUGAGUGAUUGUUAUAUCUCAACUUUUAGUUGUUAUUGUUGAGAUAGUUGAGUUGGGAUUGUUUUGUCUCAACUUUUAGCUUAUGUGACAUACACAAUGCAUCUAAAACGACAAUACAUAUAUAAUAUUAUACAUGCAUUCACAACAAAAUAUCAACUUAACAAUCGCAACUUCCAAAUGACCCCAUAAAAUCCUAAAUCAGUGUUAUCAUUUGGAUGAUUUUUUUCCUUAAUACGAAUAUGGUAAUUUAUGAGAUUUAAGGGUAUUUGAUCAUGUCAAUAUUUUAGUGGUUUUUUAUUUAAAUUUUGAAUUGAAAGAUUGUACAUACUGGUGGUUCGACCAUUAAAUUUCAUGCCAUAGGCUAAAUCGAUGGGUGAUAUUUAGCAAUAUGAAACGGUUGAACCACAGUUAAAUUAUGAUUUCAGUAUAAAAUACUCUGCUAACAAAUUUUUUUAUACUACUGUAAUCAUUUGGUUCAAACAAUUCUUUUACACUGGCGGAAACAAAAGUUUUAAGGCACAUUUUGAACUAUCUAUUGAAAAAAAGCAUAAGUCAGUUAGCGAUAAUGAGAAUAUGCGAUAUAAUUCAACCCAAAAGACACUUUGCAACUUCUAUAUUUUUAAAAUAAAUGUAUGUUACUUAUACCCUUGCUCAUUCAUCAACUUAAUGAGUACUAUGUAUUUCAUGUAAUAUGAUUUUCAUGGUUUUUAUUUAUUGAAUUAUUUCAUGAAAAAAAUAUUUGUUGCAUGAAAAUUACUACACUGUUGUUAGACCUGUCUGUGAUCUGAGAAUAAUUUUGGAAAUCCAUCCACAACACAUUGUCCAACCAACUAUUAACGACAAUUUAUCAUCAUGUCCUAUAUAUUUCAAAUCAAACAACUUCAGAUUCAUUACCAAUGGUGUGGGAAAAAAGAAUGCUCUCUAUUGUGAAAAACUUAAAGGACGUACUAAACACUAUGAGAGGCAUUUUCUUUCAUCUUAAAGGUUGAUUAUGUAUGUAUUAUGAGAAACAACUCUAAUAUUCAACUAUAUAGUUUAAUUAAGCAAUGGAUGAGAAUUAGUUAUAUUUUUUUUCAUUCAAUAAUUAUAAGUCAUGCUUAUAUUAUAUUUUUCUCUUUUCAUGGAGGUAUAAACACAUUAUGCAUAGUUGGAUCACUUUCAAAAAUGUUAUGUGCAUAAUUAAGUUAGAAAACAAUCAUUUUCUGCAUUUCAAAUCCUCUAUUAUCUAUUCAUUAUUAUAUAUCAUAUUUCUCGACAAAAUGUCAACGGGCCUGUUCCUGUGCUAGUUAAUAAAUGUUAGCAAGAUGUUUGUACGAGUAUGCGCGGCUAGCUGUUGGGCUAAUUACUGGGCCGGGCCUACUAUGAAAUCCUAGUCCGAUUAGAACAACUUAGCUGUCCAGCCCGCCUCCUGUCCCUCUAUAUAAAAAAAUAACAACUUUCCAGAUUCGAUUUGUUCCGUCUUCUUUCUUCUCCAGGUCUUCCUCCGAACCAAUCUCUCUGCUCGCUCGCUCUCUUCUUAAAUCGCAGCGAAAGACUUGUUAGCUUUCCUCCCAGGGUUGGAUGGAAGAAGCAGAGGAGGGAAGGGCAAGAAAGAAGAGUAGCAGAGGAGGAGCGCAUCCUUGCUGUUCAAUUAACGAUGUUCUUGGGGAUGAGUUACUGACGGAGAUUUUGCUACGCCUUCCCCUGGAUCAUAUCUUCCGCGGGAAAUCAGUCUGCAAACUCUGGCGGUCUCUCAUCCAAAACCCUCUCUUUCCUUCUUGCUACACAAAGAAGAAGCAGAGCAGUACCAGCAGCCUCAGUUGCCACCUCAAAGCCCAUCCCCAACAAAGAUCCCCAAUCUUGAUCCCCAUUACUGGGAGCAACCAGGACAAGAAGAAGAAGAAGAGGCUCGCAUUCUCGCUCGACUUCGUCCCGGGAUUCGCACAACUGUACGGAUCUGGUAAGUACCAUCGUCUUCUCCGACGAGCAGCAGCCGAUGACGAGAACAGGAAACAGCAGGAGAAGCACCCGCCUGGUGUUUACACGACUAGGGAUUUGAUCCUGGGUUCAUCCAACGGCCUAAUCCUCUGCGCCCCUCUCCUUCACACACCAAACCCACGAUCCAAAUUCGAUCUGGAGCCGUGGCUUCAAGUCCCGCCGCCGCCCCCUUUCCCCUCCUCGCAGCACUCGAUUUCCCCUCACGCCGCCGAUGCGGGGUUUGUCUCCGGCUUCGAUUCCAGCGGUGGUAAUUGCUGGUUCAAGAUCGUGCGCCUCCAAUUGAAGUCUCCUCGUCGACGCUCCCUCGAGCUGCAGGUGUUCUCGUCUCAGUCCUGGGAGUGGACGGCUGUCACAGUGUCGUCUCUCCCACGGCCGAUUGGGCCAGAUGAUGAUGAUUCACCGCUAAGCAGCACUGUCGCGGUCACGUUGUUGUCGAAGAAGAAUGACGGCCCCCGCCUGUGUUGGUUGCUGAAGGGAACCCAGGCAAUCGUAUAUGACCCCGUCAAGAAUGUGGUUGAUGCUGUGAUUGGUCCCACUCGCAGGACUGUUCGUAUUAGCAGGACUGUUCCAAAGGUGGUGAUUCUGGAUGCUGUAUGUGUGAGCAAUGGCUGCCUCUGGGGUGGGAGGCUCCGUUUUUGGUUGACGCUGGAGAUUUACAGAGCUUCAGGAGGGACGGAAUGGGAGAUGGUAAAGGAGUUUGAUAUGAUGCAGAUUUACAGGCCAGGGGGCCGGGAGCCUGUAUUUGCCACAAUUACAUGGAACACAUUCCUGGCUAUGAACCCGCAUGAUCCAGAGCUGGUGUACCUCAAGACUCAGGAGUCGGUUGGCCUGUUGGACCUAAGGAGCGGGACUUUGAAGGUUGUUGGAGUUUUGGACAACCCAGAGAAGAAUCUGCUCAGAGAAUCGACCAUCGUAUGUGAAAACCCGCCAUGGCCAACUCCACUCCCUUCUCCUCCUCCCCAUCUUUCUUGUCCUUAAAUGGGUUUCUUUCGUUUUGUACAUUCUGUAUUGAGCAGGGACUGAUCUGGUUGUCAGACAGAAUCGAGCGAUGACUCUUGGUGUUUCAUGUGCUGUGUUUUAUCAUGUCUCAAAACAUGCACAGAUGUGUAAGAAAUCUAGUAGCCAAGUGAUCAAAUGUGCUGAAAGCUUUGUCUCAUCCAUUUGAGCUUCAUCUCGCAUUCUUUUUGAUUGGGCCUUAUGGGCUUACUUGUUGGGCACUUGAGUGUCGGUGUAAAAACAGAAACAAGAGGGGGGGAGCCCAUAAAUAAAAGUUUGAUUAGGUGCUUGUUUAGAUCUCUAGCCCAUUUUAAAUUGGGCUAGUAGCCUUAAACAGAACAAGUGGCACGAAAGUGACCAAACCAGAUAUUCAUUAAUAUAACAAUGAUGAUAUCUCACAUGCUAUUAAUUAUAUAAUUAAACGAUAUAUGUUGCUGUUGUUGUGCAAUUAUGUCCAUGUCUGGAGGGAUUUGCUACUAAUCAAAGCAACAAUUACUCGAAUUUCUAUUAUAUAUUUAUGCAAUACAUAAGCAAGAGUCUAAGUUAAGGACAUGGUUGUUCAUAAUUGGGGUAAAAUAAGCUCCUGUAUCGCUGAAUCGGGAUCAAUAUUUUCUUCUUUUGUUUUGUGAUUUGAACUUGAAAUAUUUUGUAUUUUUGUAUCUAUUAUGUUUUCCCUUUGGUGAUCACUUUUCACAAAAAGGGAACCCGAAUUUGAUGAGGGAUUACUUCAGUUUUCUUAAUCGAACCAGACGAUGAAUCGAAAAAGGUAGUGAUUUAUGGUUUAACGGUUAACUGUUAUCUAUACUAUACCCAUCAAAAGUUAUAACUAAUCAAUUUGAACGCAAAGCAGUGAACCACCCAACCACUAUUGUAACUUGAUUUGGUGAUUCUAUGUGUCCAACCGAUCAUCUCCUUCGUUUCUUAUAAGUUAUAACAAUCACUCUCACACAAAAAGGGAAAUUUUUUUGAUGAGAUUUGGAAAAAGAAUAAAAGAAAGAAAAUUGUAGCUCCAAGCCCCCAUGCUAUCUUUUUCAAUAAAUGCAUGCUUGAUGGUCUUGUUAGGGCACAACUCCAUGUGCAACCUCCAUGCCAUGGGGUUGCUGGCUCUAUAUUUUGUUUAUUGUGUACAUGCAUGGAGGGUCAAUGUCGCCUUCUUCUUCACUUUCCUCCCCCAAUUUUCCUCAUUACCGACACAUAGAUUGAUCAUUUUUCUUCCAAGGGGGAAAAAAGAAAACCACACACGCAUACAUGAUUGAUGAUUGAGGUAGCCAUAGGGGAUUGUAAUGGAGAGAGUGUGUAAUGUUGUUUGUGAUACUGACAAGUAAAAGAAUGUGUAACUU